AUGGGAUUUAGACACGACGACUAUACCGUAGCAUGGAUCUGCGCCCUGCCGCUGGAAAUGACAGCAGCAAAGGCCAUGCUGGAUAAGGUUCAUCCUUCACUACCCCAGCCAGAAACCGACCACAAUGUCUACACACUUGGGAACGUUGCCGGCCACAAUGUGGUAAUGGCGUGCCUCCCGGCUGGUGUUUAUGGUACCACAUCUGCUGCAAUUGUGCUUGCUCACAUGUUGCCGACAUUCCCUUCCCUUCGAUUUGGGUUGAUGGUAGGCAUCGGGGGCGGGGUACCCAGCAAGAACGCAGAUAUUCGCCUUGGUGAUGUGGUUGUUAGCAUGCCAACAGCGGGCUCUGGAGGCGUGAUCCAAUACGACUAUGGAAAGACACUCCGUGAUGGUAGUUUGCAGCGCACUGGAUCGCUAAACAAACCCCCACAAUACCUGCUCACUGCAGUAUCUCAAAUACGCAGCGAUUACAUGGUCAGGGACUCACUCAUUAAGAAGGGUAUAUCGGAGACGCUUCAGAAGCACCAAAAGAUCCACGAACAAUUCUCACGACCGGACCAAGACUGGCUGUUCAAACCGGGCUAUGACCAUGCGAGCAAGACCGUCAACUGUUCACUAUGCGAUCCGUCCCAGCUAGUAGUUCGUACAACACGAGAAAACAAUCAGCCAGCCAUCCAUUAUGGACUGAUUGCUUCUGGGAAUCAGGUUAUGAAGAAUGCCAAGAUACGAGAUUCCAUCGCUCAAGAGUUGGAUAUUCUCUGCUUUGAAAUGGAGGCAGCCGGGUUGAUGGAUCAAUUACCAUGCCUAGUCAUCCGAGGAAUUUGCGACUAUUGCGACUCGCACAAGCACAAACAAUGGCAGGGGUAUUCAGCGCUUGCUGCUGCUGUUUAUGCAAGAGCUCUUCUGGAAGUGGUUCCUCUAUACAACAAUGAUUUGAGCAGGGAAAAAAGAAGUUUCUGGAUGGUCCCCUUUGCGAGAAACCCACGGUUUGUUGGCCGACAGAAUGAGAUCCAUAGUCUUGAACAAUCGAUUAUACCCUCAAGAGGACCAACAAAGACUGCCAUAUGUGGACUAGGCGGAAUUGGGAAAACCCAAAUCGCCCUGGAGCUAGCCUAUCGCGCUCGAGAAAAGGUUCCUGGAAUCUCGAUUUUCUGGAUCCCAUGUACCAGCUAUGAGAAUGUCGAACAAGCCUAUUUAAGCCUUGCCUCGAGCUUAGGAAUAACAGACAUAAAGCCGGCUGAGGUAAAAGAACAAGUCAAAACCUUCCUUAGUCAAGAACAUGCUAGGAGGUGGCUUCUUAUCUUUGACAAUGCGGAUGAUAUGGAGAUGUGGACCAAGGGAAGCGCGACUGCGCCACCACUUAAGGACAUUCUGCCCCAGAGCGAACAUGGCCAUAUUCUGUUUACAUCGCGUAACCGAAAGCUCGCGGUGAAGCUGGCAUCGCCAAAUGUCCUAUCCAUUCCUGAUCUGGACCAGAUCACUGCUAAAGAGAUAUUAAAAAAAUUACUUAUACAAAAGCAGUUACUACAGGAUGAUUGCGCAACCACUACGCUCCUUGAGCAGCUUGGCUUUCUUCCUCUUGCAAUUAGUCAAGCGGCAGCUUAUAUCAACGAAAACGAGAUUUGGUUGUCUGAGUAUCUUUCAUUGUUAGGCAAACAAGAGAGAAGUAUAAUUGAAAUGCUAAGCGAGGAAUUUGAGGACGAUGGACGCUACGCAGAGAUUCAGAACCCAGUGGCGACAACCUGGUGGAUCUCUUUCUUGCAGAUCCGGCAACUAGAUGAAUUAGCAGCUGACUAUUUGUCAUUUAUGGCCUGCAUUGAUCCACGAGUUAUCCCGCAGUCAAUUCUUCCCCCUGCACCAUCAGCAAAAAAACAAGCGGAGGCAUUAGGUCUUCUGAAGGCGUAUUCGUUUAUUAGUUCACAGGCUCGUGAUGGUCUAUUUAGCCUGCAUCGGCUUGUGCAUCUGGCAACACGGAAUUGGAUGAGAAUAAACAAGAUUCUCGAUAGUUGGGUAGAAAGAGUAACUUGUCAGUUAGAUGAUGUAUUCCCUGAUAACGACCAUGACUAUCGAAGAAUAUGGAGGGACUAUCUACCACAUGUGCUCUACUUGACAGAGUGUGAAGAAUUCCAGAGGUUCCGGCAUGAGUAUUAUGACCUUUUUUCAAGGAUAGGGAGAUGCUUGCAGAGCGAUGGAAGAUAUAAUGAGGCUCAAAUUUUCUAUACAGAUGUUUUGGAAAUAAAGGAGACAGCUCUUGGACCCGAGCAUCCCGGCACUCUCACCAGUGUCAGCAACCUUGGUUCAGUGCUUAGAAAACAGGGCAAGUAUAAAGAGGCCGAAGCCAUGCACUUGCAAACACUAGAAGGCAGGGAGAAGGCUCUAGGGCCAAUGCAUCCUGACACUCUCACCAGUGUCAGCAACCUUGGUUCAGUACUUGAACAACAGGGCAAGUAUAAAGAGGCUGAAGCCAUGCAUCAGCGAGCUUUGCAAGGCUAUAAAAAGGUUCUAGGACCCGAGCAUCCCAACACUCUUACCAGUGUCAGCAACCUUGGUUUAGUGCUCGAGGAUCAGGGCAAGUACAAAGAGGCCGAAGCCAUGCACUUGCAAGCACUAAAAGGCAGAGAGAAGGCCCUAGGGCCAAUGCAUCCUGACACUCUUACCAGUGUCAGUAACCUUGGUUCAGUACUUGAACAACAGGGCAAGUAUAAUGAGGCCGAAGCCAUGCAUCGACGAACACUAGAAGGCAGUGAGAAGGCUCUAGGGCCCGAGCAUCCCGACACUCUCACCAGUGGCAAGUAUAAAGAGGCCGAAGCCAUGCAUCGACGAACACUAGAAGGCAGGGAGAAGGCUCUAGGGCUCGAGCAUCCCGACACUCUCACCAGUGUCAGCAACCUUGGUUCAGUGCUUCAGAAGCAGGGCAAGUAUAAAGAGGCCGAAGCCAUGCAUCAGCGAGCUUUGCAAGGCUAUAAAAAGGUUCUAGGGCCCGAGCAUCCCGACACUCUUACCAGUGUUAGCAACCUUGGUUCAGUGCUUAAACAACAGGGCAAGUAUGAAGCGGCCGAAGCCAUGCAUCAGCGAGCUUUACAAGGCUAUAAAAAGGUUCUAGGGCCCGAGCAUCCCGACACUCUUGCCUGUAUCAGCAACCUUGGUUCAGUGCUUCAGAAGCAGGGCAAGUAUAAAGAGGCUGAAGCCAUGCAUCAACAAGAUCUGAAGGGGUCAGAGAAGAUACUAGGACCCGAGCAUCCCGACACUCUUGCCUGUGUUAGCAACCUUGGUUCAGUGCUUAAACAACAGGGCAAGUAUAAUGAGGCCGAAGCCAUGCAUCAACGAGCACAAGAAGGCCACAAGAAAGCCCUAGGGCCAGAGCAUCCCAACACUCUCACCAGUGUCAGCAACCUUGGUUCAGUACUUGAACGACAGGGCAGGUAUGAAGAGGCCGAAGCCAUGCAUCAGCGAGCUUUGCAAGGCUACGAAAAGGUCUUAGGACCCGAGCAUCCCUACACUCUGACUACCAUGAACAAUCUAGCUCACACCUGGAUAUUACAAGAUAAGAUGCAGGAUGCUUUAGCUUUGAUGGGAAAAUGUGUAGAGCUCCGCAACAAAAUAUUGGGAUUCGAUCACCCAGAUACCCAAUCCUCAUCACGGUCUUUAUUCAGGCUGAACAUGAUCAAGUUCGAGAAAUUGCCACAGAAAAUUGCCACAGAAUCACUGGAAGUUGUUGUCACCAAACUAACAGGCGAUGAACAUAUUACUUUGAAUCGAAGGCAAGAACAAUUGACAACCCCUAUCAAGGCAACCCCUGUCAAACAAUUUAUCGCAAAUCAUCCACUCCGAGCUAUUAUAGCUUCCAACUCAUCUGCACGCCAGGGCCAUGACAUAACAGAAGUUGAUUGA